AAGUUUACAUGGUUCAAAGAGCUGAUGGUAUUUAACUGCAGUAUCUCGGUGUGCAAAUGGAUCGUCCAAAUAUUUGACUUUCUCCGGAUAAUACUCCAAUAAGAUUGGCCGUCUUCAGUAACUCCGUGGUCGAUGCUCUUAGGUGCCGUCUAACGGAGUGUGGUUGUGACAUUUCAGGCUUGCGCAUACGAUUUGAACAAUUGUCAAAGUGCACACGAUAUUUACUUUAUAUAAUUUAAUUCAUCGAGCUAGAUCGAAUAUCAUCUGCAGCAGUUUAAAAAAUAAGCACGACGAUGUCUGCAAACACAGCUGUGUUCAGAAUUUGGAGAGGAAGCAGUUCAGUGACUACGUUUCUGUGGAAGUCGCAUAAGGCUUUUCAGACUCAGAGAGCAGUCUGUAUUUCCGCACAAAAUAGACUCCACUUUAGUUUUGUUAAUCAAGCUGAAAACAAGGUAGCAGUGAGUCAAAAGACAGACUGGAAUAAAACUAUGUCCGAGGCAGAGAAGAUCGUCGGAUAUCCGACAUCCUUCUUAAGUUUAAGAUGGCUAUUGAGCGACGAGAUUGCUAAUAUUGCGUUGCACUUGAGGAAGCUGGUUGGCUCAAAUCAUCCCGUAUUGAAGACAGCCAAGACCAUUAUUUAUAAUGGACGUAACACUCAAGCAUUUGGUCUCAUCUUGCUGUUAAUCUCCAAGGCUGCUGGCCACUUAAAUGCAAAACCAAUAGAGGAGGAUAAAGCUGCAGGCGUAUUACAUAGUCAAAGAGCAUUGGCGGAAAUUACGGAGAUGAUCCGUACUAGCAAUUUGAUACAUAGAGGACUGGUAAACUUAAAUACAGAUACAGGAUCUCUAGACUCUACGGAAUUGAAUAAUAUAACUUUCGGCAAUAAAAUGGCAUUGCUGUGUGGCGAUUAUUUGCUUAGCAACAGUUGUACUGAAAUGGCAGCUCUCAAAAAUCAGGAUCUUACGUUAUUAAUAUCGGAGGCAGUAAGAGAUUUAUGUCAAGCAGAAUUUGUAGCACGCAGGGACAAUCAAAAUUUUCCUAUACCGUCAAUACCACCUGAGGAUCGCACAGACUAUGCAUCAAAGGAAUGGACGCUUUUAAAUACUUAUGGCGCUGGAUCGUUGCUCGGGAAAAGUUGCCAAUGUACAUUAAAAAUAGCUGGUCAUAACAAAGAAAUAGAGGAAAAGGGUUACGAGUUUGGGAAACACUUAGCUUUAGCUUGGCAGGCUUCCUUAGACUUGGGUUUAUGCAUUAAUAAAGAUAAGGACAUUUUGCAUAAUUUGUGCGCUGCUCCAAUUAUGUUUCAUGUUGAACAUGAUCCAUCAAUUUUAAUAGAACUCGAUAAAGGAUUGGAAUCUGUUGAGAACGUCGACUAUUUGAAGGUACUUGAAAUUGUGUCAGCUGGUCCAGGCAUUGGAUUAACUAAAGAGCUCGUGAAAGAACACUCGCAAAAGGCAAUGGAAAUCUUAAGCGUAUUUAAGGAAAGCGAUGCUAGAAAAGCAUUAUCCAAUAUUAUUGUUGCUAUAGGAGACUUUUGACAAAGAAUGUACUUUUUGUUCUUUAUUUUAUUGCUC